AGUGACUCACCCAAAGUCACCCAGCAAAUAGGCAGCAGAGUGGGGUCCAGACCGCAGCUCUGCGUGAAGCCCUUUCCUCUGUGGGUCAAUAGCCUCUGGGCUUCCUCUGCCCUUCCACGGACCUUCCACUGGUGGACCAGGCCUUGAAAGAUGAGAAGUGGUUUUCUGGGAAGACAGACAUUCCAGGCUGAGUACGUGCAAAUACUGAGAGGGCCAAUGGGUGAGGAGGCCCAGCUGUCAGACAAGGACACCAAAGCCACAAUGGGCAUAGAAGACACACGUGGAGGCAAAGUCAGCCCAGAUUCUCAGAACUUGCGGCCAAGUGUGUUCCACAGUAUCAAGUUCUUCCUCCUGUGCCACAGCCUGCUGCAGCUGGUGCAGCUCAUGAUCUCCGGCUACCUCAAGAGCUCCAUCUCCACAGUGGAGAAGCGCUUUGGCCUCUCUAGCCAGACCUCAGGACUGCUGGUUGCCUUCAAUGAGGUAGGGAACACAGCCCUGAUUGUGUUUGUGAGCUAUUUCGGCAGCCGUGUGCACCGCCCCCGACUGAUUGGCUGCGGGGCUAUCCUGGUGGCCCUGGGGGCCCUGCUCAUGAGUCUCCCACACUUCAUCUCGGAGCCAUACCGCUACGACCGCACCAGCCCCGUGGACACGCCACAGGAUUUCAAGGCUUCCCUGUGCCUGCCCAUGACCUCGGCCCUGGCCUCAACCCUCUCCAACAGCAGCUGCUCAAGCUACACGGAGGCCCAGCAUCUGGCCUUGGUGGGGAUAAUGUUCACAGCACAGACUCUGCUCGGGGUGGGCGGUGUGCCCAUCCAGCCCUUUGGCAUCUCCUAUAUUGAUGACUUUGCCCACGACAGCAACUCACCCCUCUACCUUGGGAUCCUGUUUGCUGUGACAAUGAUGGGGCCAGGCCUGGCCUAUGGACUGGGUGGCUUCAUCCUGCGCCUUUAUGUGGACAUUGACCGAAUGCCAGAAGGUGGUAUCAGCCUGACCUCGAAGGACCCCCGAUGGGUGGGUGCCUGGUGGCUGGGCUUCCUCAUCUCUGCUGGCGCCAUGGCCUUGGCUGCCACCCCCUACUUCUUCUUCCCUAGAAAAAUGCCCAAGGAGAAGAAUGAGCUUCACUUCCGGCGAAGAGUCUUGGCAAUUAUCAGCAAAAAAGAGGACUCCCUCUCUGAGCAGAGCCCCAGGGAGACCCCAGAGAAGAAGGACGGCCUAGCCCGGGUUGCACCAGACCUGACCGUGAUCCAGUUUAUCAAAGUCUUCCCCAGGGUGCUGCUGCGGACCCUGCGUCACCCCAUCUUCCUGCUGGUGGUCCUGUCCCAGGUGUGCAUGUCGUCUAUGGCAGCGGGCAUGGCCACCUUCCUGCCCAAGUUCCUGGAGCGCCAGUUUUCCAUCACAGCGUCUUACGCCAACAUGCUCAUUGGCUGCUUCUCUGCACCAUCGGCCAUUGCUGGCAUCAUCCUGGGGGGUGUCCUGGUCAAGCGCCUCCACCUGUGCCCCAUGCGCUGCAGCGCUCUUUGCCUGCUGGGGAUGCUGUUCUGCCUACUUCUCAGCCUGCCCCUCUUCUUCAUGGGCUGCCCUACUCACCAGAUUGCGGGCAUUAUCCACCAGCCCGGCACCCGCCGUGGGCUGGAGCUCUUUCCAGGCUGCAUGGAGCCCUGCUCCUGCCCAUCGGACGACUUUAACCCUGUCUGCGACCCCAGCACCCACGUGGAGUACCUCACACCCUGCCAUGCAGGCUGCACAAACCGGGUGGUCCAGGAGGCUCUGGACAAAAGCCAGGUUUUCUACACCAACUGCAGCUGCGUGGCAGGGGGCGGCCCUGUGCAGGCAGGCUCCUGUGACUCAGCCUGCAGCCACCUGGUGCUGCCCUUCAUGUUCCUGGUCUGCCUGGGUGUGGUCAUGGCCUGUGUCACUCACACACCCUCCUUCAUGCUCAUCCUAAGGGGAGUGAAAAAAGAAGACAAGACUUUUGCUGUGGGGAUCCAGUUCAUGCUCCUGAGAGUUUUGGCCUGGAUGCCCAGUCCUGUGAUCCAUGGCAGCGCCAUUGACACUACCUGUGUGCACUGGGCCCAGACCUGUGGGCGUCGGGCUGUCUGCCGCUACUAUGACCACGACCUGCUCCGAAACCGGUUUGUUGGCCUCCAGUUCUUCUUCAAGACAGGCUCCCUGGCCUGCUUUGCCUUGGUUUUGGCUAUCCUAAGGCAGCAGGACAAAGAAGAGGGAACCAAGGUGACCUGCUCUGGCCUACAGCAGCAGUUGUUAGCAUCGGGGCCAGAGAAGAAGCCUGAAGAAUCCACAGUGUGAGCUGUCACAGGGCCCUACCCUGGCCAAGAGUGGCAGCUGUGGCAAGUACCUCCUCUAGGCCCUUUGGUUGUCAGGAGCCUUGUUUUCUAAUUCUGACUCCUCCACUAACUUGCUAUGUGACUUCAGGCAAGUUACUGACUCUCUUUGGGUCUUUGUUUGCUUACCUGAACCAAGGAGUCACUUGGGGGUUUGCUGUGUUGGCCACUUCUGAAGCGAAAGAGUCUUCCCACUUUCUCCCUAAGCUGGACAGACUGCCCUAAAACUAGGCUUUUCUGGGUGGAGGGACUGCAUAUCUUUCCCGCAGGCCCUAGAGUAGAGAAGUGGAAAUAGUAGGUCAGGCUGCACAGCACACCAGGUCCUAGCCUUGCUCGGCAGCUCACCCAGAUUACCCUUUCUGAGCGUUAGCCAACAUCUCUGUCAGGUGGAAAUUGACUUACCAGCUUUCAGGCCCCUUCCAGCUGUGACCAUCUGUAUGGUCUGGAUGGAUUCAGGUCUUCUCUCCAGCCCUACUCAGCCUGGAGGUGGGGCCAGGACAGCCUCUCUCAAGAAGUGUCCAUUUGGCGCCCCCUGGAGGCAGAGCUCUGAGCUCAGAGAGGAGACUAACCUGGGAGGGAGGUUGCCUUACACUCAGGACAUCCAGGCCAGGGAAGGGCCUUCAGGAAACCUGGUAUGAGGGCCCCAGUGGGUCUUAGCUGAGAGGGGAGAUUCACUCUCUGGACUCAGGAAGUCCAAGCCCUUACCCUCAGAGAGCCACAGUCUAGGUGAGGUCUAGUCUUUCUGAGGUGCUCCAGUGGAGAAGGAGACACAGACCCCUUACCUGGGCAUUUUCCAACUUCAAAGACCAAAUACACCCAGCACACACUCGCUGAUACCUAUGCACCAAAGUUUCACACAUUUGACGAGGGCCCCCACCCAAGUCACUGUGACUUUUGUAAUUAGAAUCCUAAUUUCACCAUUUCCUUCUGGGUGCUUGAAUUUGUGUCACCUAGGGCUAUGUAGAUAAUGUCUGGUUUUGUGACAUCCAAGUUUUGGGGGUAACAUCUGGUUCUCUGUGAUGCCUGGACUGGUGUAAGGACUUCCUCUUUGUACUGCCCAGGCUCGGAAUGCUGAGAGCGGUAAUGCCCCAUUCUGUGUAAUGAGUAGGUCUGCAGAAAAUGCUUGGUGCUUGCUCCUCCAGAGGCAGGAGACAGAGAGGCAUCAGCAUCAACUUCCCAAGCCUUGUGUCCAACUCUGUGCUGGGGGCUGGGGAGAAGCUGGGGCGAGGGGGCAGUUUACACAUAUGGCUGUAGCCCUCUGAGCAGCAUCCAGCAUCAGGCUUUGGGGCUAUUUCAUGUAAAAGAAGGGGGAAUACAGAAAUUCUAAGUCCCAUUUUAUUCUACUAUUUGUUGAUACCUUUAAAUGUUUAACGAGUAUCUGAGCCUAUAUUUAUCAAUGCCAAGAAUUUCAAAGUCUCCAAUAUGAUGUUGUUCAUAUGUUUAUAUUACUUCUCCUUCCCUCCUAUUUGCCAGGUUUUGCAGAAAUAAUCUGGA